AUGGGUUGGAGCCCAUUCUGCUAUGUGCAAUAUCUGUCGGCGCAGCCUGCCACGGAUCUCUCUGCCAUCCCUGCGGAUUAUCAGGACCUCCGGGAGGUUUUCAACAAGGCCCGGACCACAUCUCUUCCUCCACAUCGACCCUACGACUGCGCUAUCGACCUUCUCCCGGGCACAGCACCGCCUCGAGGGCGGAUUUCUUCCCUGUCGGGUCUGGAGACCAAGAUGAUGGAAGGGUACAUUGAGGACUCUCUUGCUGCAGGGUUGUCCAUCUGCUUCCGUCCCGGAGAGGUCCCGCCCCCCAUGUCAGGCACCUGCAGCUGCUUUCUAAAUGGCCACAUGUACAUAUUCGGGGGAUAUGAUGACACGGGACAGACCAAUCAGCUUUACCGUGUCAACUUCCUGGAUGGGGACUACAGUUGGAAGAAAGUGAAAGCUGAGAGUGGCUCUCCUCCUUCACCCAGAGAUAAGCUGUGCUGUUGGGUUUUCAACAACAGGGUCACCUACUUUGGUGGAUAUGGUCACAAGACACUUGAUGACAUCAUGGAUGACAAAAGCUUCAUCGUGGACACGGCAUCAUUGGAGCAGAACGUUGGUUGGGGAUGGAACAAUGAAGUUCACGUUUUUGAGACAACACUAGCCAGCUGGAGGGAACCACAGAGCUCUGGUCGUGCUCCUGCCCCCAGAGCUGCCCAUGCAGGUGCAACACUUGGCCAUAAAGGGUAUGUCUACGGGGGCAGAGUACUGAGUGCCAACAUCCACUGUGCCAGGGGGAAGGUCGUGGCACAGCCUCACUGCAGUGAUGGAUGGGUUUUAGACGUUGACACAAAGACAUGGAGGGAGUUGGACCAUCCAAACAACAACAAACCAAGGUUGUGGCACACAGCAAGCCAAGCCAAGGACUCUGACGUGGUUGUGUUUGGAGGUAGUUGUGACUACGUCCUCCUAGGAGGAACGUAUGAGAAUUUGACGGUAUGA